AUGGCGGCUCAAACGUCCUUAGCGGAUCUUACGGCAGACUGCUUCGCGCACUGCUGCCGAUGGCUCUCUCCCCGCGACCUCGUGAAUCUCUCCUUUUGCUGCUCGUCGCUUCGCCAACUUGCCAAUAGCGAUGCACCGUGGGCAUGCUACGUGGCACAUCAGGAAGAGCUACCCCGUCAGGCUGCGCUCCUCUCGGGAUUCCGUCAGGCCUUCAUAGAGCGCCACGUGGCAGCACAGAAGCUGCAGAUCGCCGACCCUGCCACGUGCGCAUGGCCCCUGUCUGGGGACGCAAGGGGGGACGCAGCCGCAGCAGGAGGCGGAGGAGAGGGGGACGGGGGAGGGGAAGGCGCGGCAGCAGCAGCAUGGGGAUGGGGUGGGCCAGGGGGAAGGGGAGGGGGAGUUAGGGGGGGAAGAGGUGUGGGGCAGGGCGGCGGGGGGGAAGGGGAAGCGCAGAAGCCUGUGAGCGCAGUGGUGGCGCUACAGGGGGGCGGAGGCCUUUCCGCCAUCCCUGCUUUAUCCUCAGUUUCAGUCCCAGGCGCUGGGGAGGGUGAUGAGUGGGAUGAGGAGGGAGGGGAGGAAGGGGAGGGGAGGGGGAAGGAGGGGAGGGAAGGCUGGCAUCAUGUGGUGGCAGUGCAGGGCUCUAACAUUCUCCUGUGGGGAGCAGCACCAGCAGGACGGGUGCAGAUGUCAGCAGUGCUCACGGCACACAAGGGCCGCAUCACAGCGCUGCUCCCAGUGGACCUCUCGCCCUUCCCUGCCGCUGCCCGCCUCGCCCCGCCCCUCCCCGCCCACACCUUCCUGCUCUCCACCAGUCUGGACCGCACUCUGCGCCUCUGGGGCAAGUCUGGACCGCACUCUACGCCUCUGGGGCAAGCACCUCACGCCCUUGCUUCCUCCCGUGAUAUACCACCCUCUCUGCCCUCUGCUGCCCUCUCCACCUUUCGCCACCUCCUUCCCUUUCUCCCCUUUGCUGCCCCACCCAGACCACCUGUCUGCGCUCCUUCUCAUUCUCAGGGCACACAGGCCCCAUCCUCUGCCUCUCAGACCGCAUCAUCGGCACCUCACACCCUUGCACGGGGAGCAACAGUGAUGCUUCGAGCGCAGCUAUCCCUUCCUCUACUUCCUCGUCCUCCUUCCUUCCGUGCGUCGCGACUGGAGGCAGCGACAGCACCGUUCGUGUCUGGUCCCUCCUCCCAUCAGGUAUGUGGUCCCUCCUCCCAUCAGGUAUGUGGUCCCUCCUCCCAUCAGGUAUGUGGUCCCUCCUCCCAUCAGGUAUGUGGUCCCUCCUCCCAUCAGGUAUGUGGUCCCUCCUCCCAUCAGGUAUGUGGUCCCUCCUCCCAUCAGGUAUGUGGUCCCUCCUCCCAUCAGGUAUGUGGUCCCUCCUCCCAUCAGGUAUGUGGUCCCUCCUCCCAUCAGGUAUGUGGUCCCUCCUCCCAUCAGGUAUGUGGUCCCUCCUCCCAUCAGGUAUGUGGUCCCUCCUCCCAUCAGGUAUGUGGUCCCUCCUCCCAUCAGGUAUGUGGUCCCUCCUCCCAUCAGGUAUGUGGUCCCUCCUCCCAUCAGGUAUGUGGUCCCUCCUCCCAUCAGGUAUGUGGUCCCUCCUCCCAUCAGGUAUGUGGUCCCUCCUCCCAUCAGGUAUGUGGUCCCUCCUCCCAUCAGGUAUGUGGUCCCUCCUCCCAUCAGGUAUGUGGUCCCUCCUCCCAUCAGGUAUGUGGUCCCUCCUCCCAUCAGGUAUGUGGUCCCUCCUCCCAUCAGGUAUGUGGUCCCUCCUCCCAUCAGGUAUGUGGUCCCUCCUCCCAUCAGGUAUGUGGUCCCUCCUCCCAUCAGGUAUGUGGUCCCUCCUCCCAUCAGGUAUGUGGUCCCUCCUCCCAUCAGGUAUGUGGUCCCUCCUCCCAUCAGGUAUGUGGUCCCUCCUCCCAUCAGGUAUGUGGUCCCUCCUCCCAUCAGGUAUGUGGUCCCUCCUCCCAUCAGGUAUGUGGUCCCUCCUCCCAUCAGGUAUGUGGUCCCUCCUCCCAUCAGGUAUGUGGUCCCUCCUCCCAUCAGGUAUGUGGUCCCUCCUCCCAUCAGGUAUGUGGUCCCUCCUCCCAUCAGGUAUGUGGUCCCUCCUCCCAUCAGGUAUGUGGUCCCUCCUCCCAUCAGGUAUGUGGUCCCUCCUCCCAUCAGGUAUGUGGUCCCUCCUCCCAUCAGGUAUGUGGUCCCUCCUCCCAUCAGGUAUGUGGUCCCUCCUCCCAUCAGGUAUGUGGUCCCUCCUCCCAUCAGGUAUGUGGUCCCUCCUCCCAUCAGGUAUGUGGUCCCUCCUCCCAUCAGGUAUGUGGUCCCUCCUCCCAUCAGGUAUGUGGUCCCUCCUCCCAUCAGGUAUGUGGUCCCUCCUCCCAUCAGGUAUGUGGUCCCUCCUCCCAUCAGGUAUGUGGUCCCUCCUCCCAUCAGGUAUGUGGUCCCUCCUCCCAUCAGGUAUGUGGUCCCUCCUCCCAUCAGGUAUGUGGUCCCUCCUCCCAUCAGGUAUGUGGUCCCUCCUCCCAUCAGGUAUGUGGUCCCUCCUCCCAUCAGGUAUGUGGUCCCUCCUCCCAUCAGGUAUGUGGUCCCUCCUCCCAUCAGGUAUGUGGUCCCUCCUCCCAUCAGGUAUGUGGUCCCUCCUCCCAUCAGGUAUGUGGUCCCUCCUCCCAUCAGGUAUGUGGUCCCUCCUCCCAUCAGGUAUGUGGUCCCUCCUCCCAUCAGGUAUGUGGUCCCUCCUCCCAUCAGGUAUGUGGUCCCUCCUCCCAUCAGGUAUGUGGUCCCUCCUCCCAUCAGGUAUGUGGUCCCUCCUCCCAUCAGGUAUGUGGUCCCUCCUCCCAUCAGGUAUGUGGUCCCUCCUCCCAUCAGGUAUGUGGUCCCUCCUCCCAUCAGGUAUGUGGUCCCUCCUCCCAUCAGGUAUGUGGUCCCUCCUCCCAUCAGGUAUGUGGUCCCUCCUCCCAUCAGGUAUGUGGUCCCUCCUCCCAUCAGGUAUGUGGUCCCUCCUCCCAUCAGGUAUGUGGUCCCUCCUCCCAUCAGGUAUGUGGUCCCUCCUCCCAUCAGGUAUGUGGUCCCUCCUCCCAUCAGGUAUGUGGUCCCUCCUCCCAUCAGGUAUGUGGUCCCUCUUCCCAUCAGGUAUGUGGUCCCUCUCUUCUGUUGUUCUUGUCUAUUCACAACCCCUUCCUUCUGGCCAGUGUUGCUCGUGACGCCAAGCUGCGACUGUGGGAUUGCCGCCACAUGAUUCCAUCCUCCAUCACCAUGGAUGCCGCGGCGCACAAGGCGACUACUUCUCUCUCCCCAACCUCCUCCUCCUCCUCGUCGUCUUCCUCGCCUUGCAUCGGCACGUGCCGCACGCCCACAGCCCCCUUUGCUCUCCUCCCCCUCCCACCUCACCCCACCCAUGCGCUGUGCCUUGUGGUGGGCCGAGGUGGCAUAGCGGCUCUGGACUUGCUCUCAAUGAAACAGGUACUCGCCCUCCCAUGUGGGUCCGCCCCUCUCUCCUCCUUCGCCUCCUCUCCAUCGCGCUGCAUCUUUGCAGCAGGCUCUGAGGAUGGGUGUGUCAGGCUGUGGCGCAUGGGGCAGGUGCGGGAGGAAGGGGCAGCGGAAAGAAUAAACACUGCAGGAGCAGCUGGGGCGGGAGGGCAGCUCUCAGCAGGCAUGCGAGAAUCUAAAGUGCUCUCAAACUGCUGCCAGGCAGGCGUGGCUGAGUUCACGCUGCUCGCCUGCUCAAAGGCGCACAUCAGUACAGUGGAUUUACUGUACGUGGACGGUUAUAAAUGCAUCAGUGGGAGCCGAGGGGACGGAGUGUUGUGUGUGUGGGAUGUGGAGACUGGGGAGGAGAUUCGCACGUUGGACGCUACUGUUCUCCCCCCCUGGCUGGUGGAAACCGAUGAUGCUAGUAACGAGGGUCAUGGUGAUGGUGGUGGUGGUGAAGCUGCUGCUGGUGGUAACCUUACAAAUGCUGGUAACCGCAGCGAUUCAACAGCGGAUGUUGACCUUAUAGGGGAAGGUGGUGCUACAGCUGAUGUUGCGACUGCUGGCGAAAGUAGGGGCAAUGCUCCUGAGACCGUGAGGCGAGUUCUAGUGGAGAAAACAGCCAUUCGCAACCCAUUAAGGCCGUCCUCGCUGAGGGCUUCCUCGGAAAACACGUUCCCCGGCCCCAUUGCUUCCCCCUCAGGUGGACCGUCCAAUUCCGUCCUCACCGAUCUCUCCUCCGCCAUUGCUCUCUGCAACCGCAUCGUCCAUCUAUCAGGCCCUUACCCUACCUCUACUUCCCCUCACCGGCACUCCGCAUCCCUCCCCAGUUCCCCCUCCGCCUCCCCUUUCCACGCGACCGGCCCCCCUCUUCCGCCCAUUCGGAACGCCGCCCUCCGUGUAUCUGCCGAGCGUGUUUCGAAACGAACCAAGCAGCUCCUGCCGAUCCUAAUUCAGCUGCAAGGCUCGACCUGCUCCAUCCCUUUCACCUCCUCCUCCGCUUCCUCCUCCUCCGCUCUUGCCUCUCAGCUAAAAGCGUGCUUAGCUGAGAUUCGCCAGUGUCACACGGAGUGCCUACUCCUGCUCGGACAGGGUUCCACGGUUUAUAGGCGCACUCAGAGCGUUGGUGGGAGGAGCUCAGUGGGAGGGGAGGAAGACGGCGGAGGAGUCAGAGCAGGGGGAGGCGGAUAUGGAGUGGGAGGAAUGGGAGGGGGAGCACGAGGAGGGGGAGAUGUUGAAGGAGGACAAGGAGAAACAGGUGAAGGGUAUGGGUAUCAGCAGCAGCAGGAGCAAGAGCAGCAGCAGCAGCAGCGCGAUCGGAGGAGCUUAGAGGACGUGGCGCUCCCCUCAAGUUCCAUGGUUGAUAGGUCGUUAUUUAUGGCAGGCGGCCGAAACAGCGCUGAGGCUGCUGGGGGGGGUAGAGGCGUGCAGAGCGGUAACAGGGCUGCUAGCACCUCUGCUGCCUCUGCCCACACUCCCACAUCCCCUAAUGCCGUCCCCGCCGCCGUCGCAGCUACUGCUGAUGCUGCUGCAGCUGCGGCUGGCGCUAGUGACGAUGGGGGCAGGGGCCGCGCAGCCGCUACAGCCUCAACACCUGCUGCGGCCACUGCUCUCUCAGCUCCCAGCGCCUCUUCCCCUCGUAGUUCUACCGCCACUGGAACUUCUGUCUUUUCUGCCGGCCCAGCUGCCGCCCGCCAGCUGGUCGUCUCGCUCUCCCGGGGAUCUGCGCUGGAAAAGCGGACGGCGCUGAGGGCGCUUCUGGAGUUAUCUGAGUCGUCGGAUGCGGGGAAGCUGCACGUGACUGCAGCAGGGGUGGUUCCUGUGAUUGCUGUGCUGCUCAGUCAUCCAGACCUGGGAGCCAGCUUCGGCAGCAGCAGCUUCGGAAGCAGUGGGGGGGCAGCGGGGAUAGGUGGUGCAGGUGGCCCGGUUAUCGCAACCAGGACUGGGAGUGGUACCAGGAGUGCUAGAACGUCGAGCAUAGGGGAAGAGCUUAAGAUAGUCUCUUUGCAACUGCUCCUAUCGCUCGUAUCUCUUGAUGAGAACCGAGCCGUGGUGGCGAAGGCUGGCUGCGUCGCGAUCCUAGUCAGCAUCCUCCGAACCGGAUCGCCGGACCUGCGCGCCGUGGCUGCGCGGGUGCUUUGGAAGGUGGCAGUGGGAGGAGGGGGAGGGGGAGGGGGAGUGGGAGUGGGAGGGGGCGGCGGCGACAACUCCAGGGCGGCGAUUGCGGCGAGUGAGGCGAUUCCAUCGCUGGUGGCGAUUCUGCAGUCGCAGACAGACGCUGCAGUGAAGCAGGAUGCUGCUGACGCCAUUGCUCACCUCACAGCCAACAACGAGAAGAACCAGGUGAGAGUGAGAGAGGAGGAGGAAGGGGCGGGAGAGUGGGGGGCUCUGGGCUGGGCAAUGCGUGGGCAAGCAGUGAUCGCGACGAGUGAGGCGAUUCCAUCGCCGGUGGCGAUUCUGCAGUCGCAGACAGACGCUGCAGUGAAGCAGGAUGCUGCUGAUGCCAUUGCUCACCUCACAGCCAACAACGAGAAGAACCAGCGAGAAGUACCAGAUGAGAAUGAGAAAGUUAGGGAGGAGGGGAGGGGGGAUGGGGCAGUGUUGGGAGGGCUGGGCUGGUCUAUGGCAGUGGCGGAAGCAGGGGCCAUCCCAGCGCUGGUAACCAUGUUACGGGAUGGCAGCACGGGCGAGCAGGAGAGGGCGGCUCUGGUGGUGGGCACGCUGAUGGCAGUGGCGGAAGUGGGUGCCAUCCCAGCGCUGGUAACCAUGUUACGAGACGGCAGCACGGGCGAGCAGGAGAGGGCAGCUUUAGCGAUGGCAGUGGCGGAAGCGGGUGCCAUCCCUGCGCUGGUAACCAUGUUACGAGACGGCAGCACGGGCGAGCAGGAGAGGGCGGCUCUGGCGGUGGGCACGCUGGCAGUGAACAGCAGUGACAACAAGCUCGCCAUCGCUGCUGCCGGCGCCGUGCCUCUGCUGCUCGACCUGCUCUUCCACUCCGUUGCUGCUGCUGCUGCUGCUGCUGCUAACACUGCUUCUGCUGCAGGGCGAUCAGGGCGAGAAGGGCGAGAAGGGCAAGCAGAGCAAGCCUUCUCUGUCGAGCCUUCUCCUCGAGCAGCCACAGCAUCGGUCUCUCUCUCACCCUUCCACUCCACUUUUUCGUCCUCCUCCGCGCCUCCUUUGCCUGCCGCCAUUGCCAAGACCUGCGCCUGGACGCUCUACGUCCUCUCCUCCGACUUAGUCUCAGCCUCGUUCAUCCUCGCUAAUGACGGGCUCGAGAUAGUGUAUAAGGUGUACAAGGAGGGCCCGUCGGAGGCGCAGUUCUGGGCGGGACACAUGCUGCAGCUGCUGGAUCCCACGUUCCGCCGCCCGGAGAAGCAGGCUAGCUCUAGGAGGUAUGCCUGGACCUCUCCUUCGUCGUCCUUUGUUCUGAAGCAGCAGCAGCAGCAGCAGCAGCAGUUGCAGGUGCAGCAGCAGGCAGUGGUGCCACCGGUGCCGGUGCAGCAGUUUCCAAGAAACUUCUCAACUGAUAGUCUUCAGCAUUCGCUUGCAGCACAGCAGCAGCAGCAGAGCCAGAAUCAGAAUCAGAAUCAGCAGCAGCUGGUGGCACGGGGUGCUCCCCUGCGGCCAAAAGUCCCGCUGCAGCAUUCGCUUUCAAAGAUUGGGGCAAUGAAACAACCAAAGUCGCGAUUUGUAACGCAGCGGUAG